AAGGAGGUGAUUGGUGAGACAUCAACGCGGCGAGAAGGGCUAAAAGGACAACAGGUAAGKGGGGAGCCAACUCAGUCGGAGGAUGGGAAGGGGAACCCGGGGAUAUCCKGKGGGGCGGGGGGGGAAGGGGGGGGGGGGGGGUAGUGAUGGAGGGGGAUUGGAGGUGGAAGGGGAAAAGGAAGGGACGAGUGUGGGAGACCAGAGCGCUGGGGAAGGAGAGGUGGGGCAGGAAUCGAAUGUUCGCCAGGAGGGAGGGAGGGUUGACAAGCUGCGGGAGAAGGAGGGGGAGAGUGAAGUAGGUGAGGAGAAACAGGGGUUGGGGGAGGCGGGACGGGGGUCGGCAAAGUCACGAGAGGAUAUUGAAGAUCGGGUUAGGGAGCAUGAUAUUAGUGGGAUGGCAGAGAAGGAGGAGUGUGGAGAAAAGGAGAAGGACGUUGGGACGAGUACGCAAACUAAGGGUGAGGGGAAAGUUAAGGUUGGUAAGGUGGGGGAAAAGGAGGUUGAGCCGAGCAUGCAAAUUGAAGUGAAGGGGAAGGCUAAGAUUGGUGAUGUAGGAGGAAUGGGGAGCGGGGGGGAUCGUGGCGACCUGCAGGAGGGGGAAGGUAAGGCGAGAAGUGACGUAGAGAGGGAAGGGAACAAGGGGCGAAAUAUUAGUGCCGCGGGGCAGAAUGUAGGGCAGGGGUAUGAGGGGGAAGGAACGACGAGUGGGAGAGCCAAGCCCAGGAGGGUGGGAAGGAGGCGCUUGGAGAGGGAGGGGGUGAGCAGGGAAUGGUUGGUUCGUGGCCUCUUCGGAGGAAGAGCAGAUGGGAGUAAGCGGCGAGGGGGGGGAAGGGGAGGGGAGCAGAAGUUGAGGUCGAUGGGGGAUUUUCAGGGGCGUCAUGACCUGCGUGGUGGGCAAGAAGAGGUGCAAUACGACCGAGGGGUAGAGGGUGUGGAGGUGCUACACGCUAAGUUGAAGGAGGGGGAGCAGGAGCGAUCUGGAUCCCCUAAACAACGAAGGGAGAAGAGGGAGGUGAGGGACCAGAAUACAGGAGUGCCGAGAAAGUGGAUCUCCCCAGAACGUAAGCAAUUUGAAAAGCUGGUGGAGGAGGAAGUGAGGGCGAAGAGGAUGACUGGGAAGGAGGAUGCUCAGCCUAUUGAGGUUGACUUAGACUCAGAUGAAAUGAUGCAGGAAUCUCAAGAAAGGGAGGGCCCCAGAAGUAGGGAGGGCUAUCCGAUGCUAGAAGAAGGGGGGGAUUCGACAGAAGGGGGCGAAGACAGAAUGGAGGAAGAACGAGAGAUUAGUAUUGCAGUACAAGGAUCGCUCAGCGAAAUACUGGCAGCAGGGAAUUGUCAUGUAUGCCCGCUUAUGUUGUGGUGGGCGGAAGGGGGGGUGAAAGUUGUCACGAGAGGGGAUGCGGAGUUGCUGACUUAUGUGGCAAGGUCUCUGCCCAGGAAUGCUAAUAUCUCUAGGCAGCAAGCGGAGGCCCUGGACAGGGAUAUCACACAGGAGGAAGUCUAUAGGGUGAUUGCUGAGCUGCCACGACUGAAGGCUGUGGGUGUGGACGGGAUUCCAGUCGAAAUGUAUAAAGCAACGCCGUCGUUUUUUGUACCCCUUCUCACCAACGCCUUCAAUGAGACCUUGCGACUAGGGCAGGUUCCAGUGGGCUUUGCGGACGCAUAUGUGGUGCUGAUCUUCAAAAAAGGAGCUCGGGAGGACGUCAAAAAUUGGCGCCUGAUUUCGAUUUUGAAUGCCAUAUACAAACUGCUGGCCAAGGUCCUUGCCAAUCGGCUGAACGCGGUCUUACCGUGCAUUAUAAAUCCAUCACAGGCAGGGUUUGUGCCGGGUCGCCAGAUAGUUUCGAAUAUCAUGCUUGCCCGGCAAAUCCUGCGGAAUGCAGACAUUCAUGAUCAACCUAUGGCUUUCGUAACGAUUGAUCUUGAGAAGGCGUAUGACCGCGUUCACCGGGAGUUUCUACUUCAGUGCUUGCUUCGGCGGGGUAUAGGACCGAAAUUCUGUGAUUGGACCAGGCUGCUCUUGACGAAUGCGCGAACAUGCAUGCAGGUGAAUGGGGUGAGGUCUGGCUUCUUGCAGUUGACAAGAUCUGUGCGCCAAGGAUGCCCGUUGUCGCCAGCUCUAUAUGUUAUUUUCAUUGAGGCUUUGCACGAUUUACUGAGGGCGGAUAGCGAGCUGCAAGGCUUGCAGAUUGAUCGGAACUUGGUAUUGAAGUCUACAGCGUUUGCUGAUGACACUGGCGCCAUUAUCCCCCCAACCGCUCACCAGCUGCAUUGUCUGCAGCGAGACUUGGACCUAUUAUCGCAAUAUUCGGGGGCUAGAGUCAAUUGGCUGAAGUCAAAGGCUAUUCUCCCACAGGGUUGUGCGAUCCCUGAAGGAUGGGAUAUUCCCACCCUUGUAGAGGGGGAAAAUCUGUGUUUUUUGAGCAUCAUGAUCUGUCCGGACGAGGGGGGUGAUCUUCAAAUGGAAGGAUUGGUGGCGACGGCAAUACUGAGAAUGGGUCGGUGGGCGAAGUGGGCUCACCUCGGUGUUUUUGGCAAAGCCCUGGUGCUCAAGAACUCUGUACUGUCUACGAUGUGGUAUGCGGGGGCUAUGUAUAUGCCACGGGAAUGUUCACUCAAGCAGCUGCAGGCUGCUGUGCACAGAUACCUCUGGGCUGGGGAUGUUGAGGCCGACUCGGUGAUUCUGCGAGUUGCUUAGUCAAAGUUAAUCCAGCCCAGAGGAUAUGGCCGGCUGGGCAUAUUGGACCUGGGGUUGCAAAUAGUCGCCUUGCAGAUGCGUAACCUGCUAUGGCUGCUUUUGGGAACAGCGGGACUGGUUUGGGAGGGGAUUUCGUUGCAACACCUAGCCUUCACACUUGGAAUGACUGAGCAAAUGGUCCCGGUGGCGCUGGUUAGCCCUGCGCUCAUUCACCAUGUAAAGAGGGACCAGGUAUGGACAGUCCCACUUACAUGGUGGAGGAAGCUAAGGCUCCAACAAAGGCUGCCUACAACG